CAGCUGACGGCAGCAGAGAGAGGGAGGGAGCAGCGGGCGACAUCUUGGAUUCAUGAGUGAACGGUGACCGCAUCCUAAAACACCAGAUACUCUCAAUAACUCUGAGCUUCGGUCAGAACCGAACGCAUCUGUCUCUGCUGAGCUGAGCCGGUUCGGUCCGGUCCGGAGGGAGACACCGAGACAGACACGCAGAGUUUUCCAAAAUGGCCCGUGAACACUGAGCAAGACCACCACCAUGAUCGGAGGACUCUUCAUCUACAACCACAAGGGCGAGGUGCUGAUCUCCCGUGUCUACCGUGAUGACAUUGGGAGGAAUGCGGUGGAUGCGUUCCGUGUGAACGUGAUCCACGCGCGUCAGCAGGUGCGCUCGCCCGUCACCAACAUCGCCCGCACCAGCUUCUUCCACGUCAAGCGCUCCAACAUCUGGCUGGCGGCCGUCACCAAGCAGAAUGUCAACGCAGCCAUGGUGUUCGAGUUCCUCUACAAGAUGUGUGACGUCAUGACCGCCUAUUUCGGCAAGAUCAGCGAGGAGAACAUCAAGAACAACUUUGUGUUGAUCUACGAGCUUCUAGACGAGAUCCUGGAUUUUGGGUACCCCCAGAACUCUGAGACCGGAGCCUUAAAGACCUUCAUUACUCAACAGGGUAUUAAGAGCCAGCAUCACACGAAAGAGGAGCAGUCUCAGAUUACCAGUCAGGUGACUGGACAGAUCGGCUGGAGACGUGAAGGCAUCAAAUAUCGCCGCAAUGAACUCUUCCUGGAUGUACUGGAAAGUGUGAACUUGCUGAUGUCACCUCAGGGUCAGGUGUUGAGUGCCCAUGUGUCAGGGCGUGUGGUGAUGAAGAGCUACCUGAGUGGAAUGCCAGAGUGCAAGUUCGGCAUGAACGACAAGAUUGUCAUCGACAAGCAGGGCAAAGGUGGCACUACUGAUGACACAGUCAAGAGUGAGUUGGGAGGCAGUGGGAAACAGUCCAUUGCGAUCGAUGACUGCACGUUCCACCAGUGUGUCCGUCUCAGCAAGUUUGACUCCGAGCGCAGUAUUAGCUUCAUCCCUCCCGACGGAGAGUAUGAGCUCAUGAGGUACCGCACCACUAAAGACAUCAUCCUCCCCUUCCGCGUAAUCCCAUUGGUCCGUGAGGUGGGCCGCACCAAGCUGGAGGUAAAGGUGGUGAUCAAGUCCAACUUCAAGCCCUCCCUCCUGGCACAGAAGAUAGAGGUGCGCAUUCCUACUCCACUCAACACCAGUGGGGUUCAGGUCAUCUGUAUGAAGGGAAAAGCCAAGUACAAAGCCAGUGAGAACGCCAUUGUAUGGAAGAUCAAGCGAAUGGCUGGUAUGAAGGAGUCUCAGAUCAGCGCUGAGAUUGAGCUGCUACCCACUAAUGACAAAAAGAAGUGGGCUCGCCCACCCAUCUCAAUGAACUUUGAGGUACCCUUUGCUCCAUCAGGACUGAAAGUGCGCUACCUGAAGGUCUUCGAGCCGAAGCUGAACUACAGCGACCAUGAUGUCAUCAAAUGGGUGCGUUACAUCGGCCGCAGUGGCAUCUAUGAGACCCGCUGCUAACAGCAGCCCCUCCGUGAGGAGGGCGGAGAGACGUAGACCAAUAGAUGGGCGGGAUGAACAGAGGACGAGGAGAAUGGAGUUAUUCAUUGUCUCACUCUCCCCUCCCUCCCUCCCUCCCUCAACUUUUUAUACGGGGCUCUGUUCACAACGAAAGCAUCAACAAAGGGAAACACUAAAAGAACAUCUAAAACCUCACAAAUCCA